AUUCACCGCCCACACACACACACGGAUAUGUUACCCGAAACCUUCGAUCUAUAUUUUUGUUAUUUCCAAUCCAAUCCAACCCUAAACUCUGCACGAAACUCGCUGCUACCUAUUUUCUUUUUCUUUCUUAUUAUUAUUAUUCUUGCAUCAAAAGGAAGUAGUAGUAGUAGCAGCAGUAGUAGUAGUUUCCAUUUUUCACAGCCUACGCCACUGAGCAUCUAUCGCUGGAUGAUCGAAUUUCAAGCCUCAAAGGUUUUAGUUAAGUUGUGCUGCAAGAAAGAAGCGAAGAUCGAAGAGAGAUAUAUAUAGAGAAAAAAGCUGGCAAGCUUGAUAUAUAAGAAGAUCUUCUUAAUAGAGUGUAUAGAGUUAUAAUAAUGGAUCCAAUUACAGCACACGGCCAUUCACUUCCACCACCAUUCCACACAGCAAGAGAUCUGUUGCACCACCAUCAGCAACAGCAGCAGCAGCAGUUUCACUCCUUACAGCAGCAGCAGCAACAAACAGAAGACGAGCAAAGCGGAAGCAGCGGAGGCCUCAACCUCGCUCAGAAGAGGGAAAGAAACAUUUAUCAUAAUUAACCUAACUCAUAUACUAUAAUUAAAGACGGAACACCUGGAGGAGGAGGAUCCGGUGAAACCGAAAUGACAAGAAGACCGAGAGGAAGACCAGCUGGAUCCAAGAACAAACCCAAGCCACCGAUCAUCAUAACCCGCGACAGUGCCAAUGCCCUAAAGACGCACGUCAUGGAGGUUGCAGACGGUUGCGACAUCGUUGAGAGCGUCUCAAACUUCGCAAGGAGGCGCCAAAGAGGGGUUUGCAUCAUGAGCGGCACCGGCACCGUCACCAACGUCACACUCCGACAACCAGCUUCCUCUGGAGCCGUCGUCUCCCUCCAUGGAAGGUUCGAGAUCUUGUCCCUGGCGGGAUCCUUCCUCCCUCCUCCUGCUCCACCUGCGGCCUCCGGCUUGACCAUAUAUCUAGCCGGAGGGCAAGGGCAGGUGGUCGGAGGGAGUGUGGUGGGGACACUAAUUGCUUCCGGCCCGGUGGUCAUCAUGUCCGCUUCCUUCAGCAACGCUGCGUAUGAGAGACUUCCUUUGGAGGAAGAGGACCCUUCCAUGCCCUUGCAAGGUUCUGGCGGUGGCGGCGGCGGCUCAAUCGGGUCCCCCGGUGGUGGUCAGCAGCAUGCGCAGCAGCAGCAACAGCAGCAGAUGUUAGGAGACGCAACUGCUCCACUCUUCCAUGGUUUGAAUCCGAAUCUUCUGAAUUCAGUUCAGAUGCCAACGGAAGCUUUCUGGAAUACUCCUGGUCGCUCUCCUUAUUGAUCAUCACAAUCAUCAUCAUGAUAUGGAACAGUGUCUUUGUAAGUUCCAUUAUUAUUAUUAUUAUUACUAUUCCACCGUGUUAGUUCCUUGUUUAAUUAUUUCUUCUUCCAUUAUCUUCCCUUUCUUAUCAUCAUCAGCUUCUUCUUCUUUGGGUGUUUAAUUACUUAGGAUCCGAACUCAAGCUAGUGGAAUUGAAUAGGAAUGUUGACUGAGGUUCUAUCUUCUUAUGCGCUUAAUUAUUAUUAUGUAGCAUUUGCGUGUGUUUUUUGAUAAGACUGCUGUAAUUAAAUUGAUGCAUCUUCUCUAUAAUAGUUUAGUUGGUGGGUUUGAUUUUGUGUUUAAUUAUGACAAGAAUAACGGAGGUAGGUGGUGAUGAAGUACAUUACAUCUUGCUUCUAUCCAAUCCACUUAGCUUAAUUAGCUUGGAGAUGUACAAGUAGUUGAAGAAAUUAGCAGUACAAUUAAGUAGUUAUUAGUAGUGUUUAGUAGCAGUCCUAGCUAGGAAUAAUGGAAGCUAAUUCGGAAGGAAGCAAUUCUACUGAGCAAGUUUAAUUUUCCAGUUCUGGUGGCGGUGCUUACUGAUGGUUGCAGCUGACACGGGCUAGCUACUUCUCUAACUGUAUGUUAUGGACCACGGUGAAUUGAAUUAGAUGGUGAUGAUCAUGAUUGUUAUU